CUCAAAGUGAAAAAAAAGAUGGUAGGCAACAUCAUGGCAGCUUGGUCAGUUCAACAGCAAAUUGGUUGGAGGAAAGGUCCUUGGACUCCUGAAGAGGAUAAGCUUCUUGUUGAAUAUGUCAACUUGCAUGGCGAAGGAAGAUGGAGCUCAGUUGCUCGUUGUGCAGGAUUGAAUAGAAGUGGCAAGAGUUGUAGGCUAAGGUGGGUGAACUAUCUAAGGCCGGGAUUAAAGAGAGGGCAAAUUACCCCUCAAGAAGAAGGCAUCAUUAUUGAGUUACAUGCCAUUUGGGGUAACAAGUGGUCAACAAUUGCACGAUAUCUACCAGGAAGAACUGAUAAUGAGAUCAAAAAUUACUGGAGAACCCAUUUUAAGAAGAAAGAAAGAUCUCAAAAAGCAUCCGAAAAACGAAAAACCCUAAAAUCAAAACCAAAAGAAGCACCAAAAUCUGAACCUCAACUACUUAUAGAAAGCAAAAAUGAAAAAAUCAACCAUGUAGCUUCAUCUCAUGAAAACCAUAAUACUCCUGAUAAGAAAAUGAGGUCCAUGUAUCCAAAUACAACCCUAGAAGAUCAAAACUUGAUGAUGAUCACAGCAUCAUCUUGGAUGGAUGCCGCCGCCGCGUGUCGCGAUCAGGACGGUGCGUUUUGGGGAAGUCUAUGGAGCUUUGAUGAACAGAUGCAACAAGAUAGCACUGCUAUACAAAAUUGUAGUAAGAUGAUGACACUUUCUUUAGAAAACCAAACUUAUAGUACUUAUAAUAAUAAUAAUAAUAUCAAUAGUAUAGUUAACAAUAAUAAUAACAAUGGUUUCUCUUGGGAAGGGGAUCCAAAUGUUAUUUAUAAUGAAGGGUACAUCUUUUAAUUAGAGAGUUUAAUUAUAUAGUUUUUGAACAUAAUCAUCCAUCAAUG